GCGGCAGCUGCUCUGCUUCGUGUGUGCUUGAAGUUUUGGGAUAUUUGACAUAUUUCGCAUUUCCCGCUGCCGCGUUGCUGAAUCAGAGCCUCUUGUGUUUAAAAAGGAGUUCCUCUUUUAUUUUCCCAGCCUCCCGUUGCUAUAAUUGCAGUGACUUUGUAGUCGUCUCUCGGACUUACUUUGGAGUUUGUUUAGGUAUUAUUAGCCCGCAAGCUAACAAACUAGCAUGCCCGCUCGAGUGUGUCAUCAGUGGAUUGUGUGUGAAAUAUCCACCGAAAUGUAGAAAAUAACACUUCCUCUUACACGUUAAAGUGUUUGCACGGUGUUUAAACAACUGCCAGGCCCAGUUAAAUGUACGUUUUUUCACACUUUGGAUCAAAGGCAGAUUUUGCCAACUCACAGUUGGCUAAACGGCUUCCAACCGUUGAGUGUGAUUUCGUUUUUUCCCUAACGCUACAUGCUAACGUUAGCUGAUUGGAUUCAUUUCUUGCUAUUGUGAAAGUGUCACCAACAUGUGAGACUGGUCUUACAGGUUCAACAGUAGUCAGAGGAGGAAAACCACCUUUGUGUGUUGUGGCCAGGAGCCGUCAUCAUUGCUUCGGAGUGGAGUUGCCGUAGCAGCCCUGACGGGGCGCAGGAGGAGGGUGGCGAUGGGGAAGGAGCGGGAGACGGGCCUGACCGUGGAUUGGACGGCGACCCUGAGGGAGUGUGGAGUCCAGACAUUGAGCAGAGCUUUCAUGAAGCUCUGGCCAUCUACCCUCCCUGCGGCAGGAGGAAGAUCAUACUUUCAGACGAGGGGAAGAUGUAUGGUCGAAAUGAACUGAUAGCUCGCUAUAUCAAGCUACGAACGGGGAAGACGCGCACACGCAAACAGGUGUCUAGUCACAUUCAGGUUCUGGCACGUAAGAGGGUACGAGAAUACCAGACCAGCAUCAAGGCCAUGAACUUGGACCAGGUAUCCAAAGACAAGGCACUGCAGACAGUAGCCAACCUCUCAUCAGCUCAGAUUGUGUCUGCUAGUGUAAUGAAACCCCAGACUCAGUUCCCUCCACCAGUCAGAUUUUGGCCCGGUCCUAUGCCUGGACAGCCUGGACAUUCUCAGGACAUCAAGCCCUUUGCACAGCCCCCAUACACUACACUACCAGCCCCUGUCCCUGCACCUAUCAGCUACGAUCCCCUGCCUCCACCUCGCCCUGCAGCUAUAGCAGCUCCUGUAUGGCAAGACAGAGCCAUUGCUUCAGCAAAACUACGGCUACUGGAGUACUCUGCUUUUAUGGAGAUCCAAAGGGACAGGGAAACGUAUAAGCAUCUUUUCGUACUCAUUGGCCCAUCAAACCCGGGCUACAAUGAUCCCGUAUUGGAGUCCAUAGAUGUGAGGCAGAUUUACGACAAGUUCUCUGAGAAGAAAGGAGGCCUGAAGGAGCUGUAUGAAAAAGGGCCGCACAACGCAUUCUUCCUCGUCAAGUUCUGGGCGGACCUGAGCAGUGACAUUGAGGAGGGCUCUGGUGUGUUCUACGGUGUGAGCAGCCAGUACAGUGGAACAGAAAACAUCACAAUCAGUGUCUCAACUAAGGUCUGCUCCUUUGGCAAACAGGUGGUUGAGAAGGUUGAGACAGAAUAUGCACACAUGGAAGGGGGAAAGUAUGUGUUCCGCAUCCAUCGUUCGCCCAUGUGUGAAUAUAUGAUCAACUUCAUCCACAAGCUCAAACUCCUGCCAGAGAAAUACAUGAUGAACAGUGUACUGGAGAACUUCACUAUCCUACAGGUGGUGUCCAACAGAGAAACCCAGGAGACUCUGCUGUGCAUUGCCUUUGUGUUUGAAGUGUCCACUAGUGAACAUGGAGCACAGUACCAUGUUUAUCGACUAGUUAACGACUAGCAGCACGUUGCGUGCAUGCAGAGACUCUUCAGACUUUUUGAUACAUACAGCAUAAACACUAUUUUCAGCUCCAACACACAGAAUCCCCACUUUUCUACUCUAAACACACACUUGUUUUAACAGACAAACAGUCACACUAUAGUCACACUUGUUUCUUUUAAUGUGUAUGCGUUUUCAUUGCUGCAAACUAUGCCCACAUUUCUUGACAACAGCCCAUGACUUAAACACUAAAGUAAUGUUAAUUUUUGUAGAUUUCGACCAAAACGUGGCGUAAUUAUCAGAAAGUGUUGUGAUGUUAUUAUUCAGUCACAUAAACGUCAAAAUAUCACAGUUGACACAAUGAUGAUAACUUCUACAGUUUGUAGUAUCUCUGUAAGGUAGGAACUGAAUGAGCCUGUAAUGGUGUAUCCUCUAUCACUGCUUAGUGUGGAACCACAAUCUCCACGUUUUAAUCAAACUUUUUAGGAUCAUAUGACAGGAAGUAUGAGCGUGCCUCUUCCCAGAAUACAAUGCACUACACGUAAAGACGUAAAAGUCGUAUUUAUAUUUUAAACACAUUGUCAAAGUGUAAAGAGAGCCAUCUUUUUACAGUAGGUGUAUUUGCUGUUUGAAGGUUUCCAGUGAAGCAGCGUGUGGAGGGGGAAGAUCUUUUGAGCAGAUGUCAAGGAGGAAGUUUGGCUCACUUGUCUUUGAAAACAUAAUAGUUAACAACCCGUUUUAGAUUCAGUUUACACUUUGGUGUCAGCAGCAUUUUGAAUGAAAUAAUUAAUUUUUACUGUUCAUUUACACAAUACUGUUUUUACUCUGACUGCGUGGGCUCGCUGCAGUAUUUCUACCUCCACGUGAGUUGGGAAAAGAAUGUUCUUUGGUUCAUAAAGCCUUAACCUGAAGAGCACUGAUGUAUAGGACAUGUACACUACAUUUGUAAUGGUACUGUUUAUAAGCCAAAACAAGCUAAUAAGUUUUUGUAAAGAUGAACUAUCUUUUUUUUUUUUGUAUUUUACCAGCACAGCUAGAAGUGUUACUCUAAACAUCAACAAAUGAUGGGUGUUUUGGUUGUAUCUUUUUUGAUGUAUGCAAAAUGAUGUAUGGUACAGACCACACUAAGGUCACCUACAGUGCACUGGGUAGAUUUGUGUCUGAUAACACUAACAAAUUAUCCAGCGUACACUUGCUUUUAUUUCUUAUGUUCUAUGUAAUGUUUUUGGUUUCUGGUACACGUUGCUACCAGCAUUUUUUAUAGUACAUGUUAUUUGACUCUAUUAUGCCCUUUCAUGGCAGGAUUAUCUUUAACCAUGUGGAAGGUGACAAUGAUUUGUCUUGAUUGUGAAAGUAAACGCCAACUGGUUCAAUUUUAAAUAACCAUAUUCACUGUGUGGUCAGCCACAGUUCUUAUUCUUUUAUUUUUCCCAUCAGUGUCUGGUUGGCUGUGCCUCAUCACUCCUUUGGUCAAGUCUGCUCAGUGAAUUAUAUCUGUGCCUUUAUGCUGUACCAAUAAAAUCACAUGGUGUUUGCAGAAUCA